CUUGUCCCCAAGCCUUAAUGCACACUUACAUUCUAGUACACACGCUCAUGGCCGAGCGAAAUCGUGAGCGGUAGAGAGAGUGAGAGAAAGAGAGAGAGGGAGACAGAAAAACUGAUAGUAGGUUACUACGGAGGAGGAAAACGCAAAGCGCUGGGUGGAGCAGCGUCGUCGCGUGUUGCUGCGGGAACUCGUUCGGUUGAACGCGCGGUACAUUGCAGAUGCAAAUAACGUCGAGCACAGAAGGCGAACGGGGGUAAUGGUGAUCCCAAACGGGUGUGUGUGAGAGAGACAGCUCCGGUAGGGAUAUGGAGGAAUCCGAGAGCGUCCCCUCCGCACCAGAGGACGGACUCCUGGCUACCUGGCGCUGGAACAGAAACGCAAGGGAACAGGUUCAGUUGAAGCAAAAGAUCAAAGAUCUACCUGGCUUGUUGAAACACGGACUGCAUUUGAGGAAGAAAAGUCAGUCACCUGACACCAUCCCUGGACCGAGCGCUGGACUCCCCCGACAAAAGACGUGUUCCCAGAGUUUCCCGUGUGCGGGCCGAGCGCUGAGGAAUGCCUUCCUGUCCCAUGGACCCUACCCGGCCAAAGACAAGAUCCACCUGGCGCGCAUCAUCAGGAGGAGCUAUGUGGGUGUGGAGCUGGUGCAGUGGCUGCUGGAGCAGUGUGUGUUUGUGCAGUGCAGGAUGAUGGGAGCCAGGAUCUGGCAGGUGCUGCUGGAGCUGGGCAUCCUGCACUCAGUGGACCAGCGUGUGGUGUUUGAGGACUCGAACACCUACUACCAGUUCUCCUUUGAGGAGUGUGAGGCGCAGGGCUGCGAGUUCCGUAAUGAGGAAGAGUGGCAGAAUGGCGUCAGACUCCUCACACAGCUUGUGCCCUACGUGCAGUUCCGCGUCGUCAGCCCACCCGAGGAAGAUCCUGAAGCAAUGAGGGACAUGCGCAGUGAAAUUCUUCAGAUGAAAGCCCUGGAACGACUCACAUCCACAGUCCAAAAUGAGCUGGCAGCAGCACUUGCUCGGAAGGCAAGAAAGUCAAUGUCCGAAGAGGAUUCCUCCGAGUCUGCUGAGAGCUCUCCACAGGAGACCCCCAAAAGCAGUGACGUCCAGGCCAAACAGGGGGGGGUGUGCGGUCUGCGGCCACCCGACGAGCUCUCCCGUCUGGAGAUGGUCCAGCGGCUCGCUAAGGACGGCUGCCGCUUCCUCCAGAACCACAACUACCGCCUGCCCGACCGGACUGCACCGGCUCAGGGGGAAGGUGUCGUCCGCGUGUGUCUGAAAGAGAGAGGCCAGGAUGUGCUGGUUCUCCAGAGGGUGUCGUCAGAGCGACCAUCGCCCACGACUACGGGAGGGGUGAAAGAGGAGGAUAGCGACAAGAGGUACGUGGUGGUCUCGGGGACGCCGCAGAAGAUUCUGGAACACCUGCUCAGCGACCUGCGCCUGGACGAGCAGCAGGGGGCUACGGAGAACAGAGAAGCAGAGAUGCUUCUAGAUGACUUCCUGUUGACCUACCUGGUCUUCAUGUCAACAAACGACCUGUGCCAAGCUCUGUUGGGACAUUACUGCACCAAGCGCUGCAAAGGCAAGGAGGAGGGAAAGGAGGGCCCUUACAGGAAGCGUAAGGUACUGCACCUGGUGUCGCAGUGGAGCUCGCUCUACAAGGACUUCCUGCGUGAGGAGGAGCACGUCAAGCUCUUCAUGAAGACUCUGUACCGCUAUGUGCUGGAGGAUGUCUAUGAGUUCCCCACCUUGGAGAAGGACCUGAAGGAAUUCCAGAAGCUUCUUAGGCGUCGACAUACGGUGGAUGACUACACCCCUCACCAGAAGAACAAAGCCCUCUUCCAGCAAUUGAGUCUGAAGGAAAACUGCCUCACGCUCCGCACGGGCGCCACCAGCGAGACCAAGGAAGUCCUGUGCCGUGUGUAUGUGAGCCCGGACUCGUUCGUGAGCGUGAGGACACGCUCGACCGUGGUGACGCAGGAGCUGCUGCGGGUGGUGGCCCAGAAGAUGGAGCGUCCAGAGGAGGACAUGAUGCUGGCCGCAGUCACGUACAGUGGAGAGAAGCGAGUGCUGCAGCCUCAUGACAGCAUCUACUCGGAGAGCCUGACGACUCCAGGCAGACUGAUGGCGUGCCGGCGGGACCUCAGUGAGAUCAUGCCUCCCCUGACGGAGUGUCCUGAGCUGGGCCAGCGGCCGGUGCGACUCCUGGGCAUGAACACGUGGGACGUGUCAAUGGCACUCACCAACUUCGACUGGAGCCUCUUCAACUCUAUACACGAGCAAGAGCUGAUCCACUACACUCUGAGCCGCCAGGCUAGUAGUCGCCACACGGUGGCGCUGGAGGUGCUGCUGCAGCGCUGCAACGAGGUGCAGCAGUGGGUCAUGUCCGAGGUCCUGCUGUGCCACUCACUGGCCAAGCGUGUCCAGCUGCUCAAGAAAUUCAUCAAGAUUGCUGCACACUGCAAAGCCCAGAAGAACCUCAACUCCUCCUUCGCCAUCAUCAUGGGCCUGAACACAGCUGCGGUCAGUCGCCUCAACGUCACGUGGGAGAAAGUUCCUGGCAAGUUCAAGAAGCUGUUCUCAGAGCUGGAGCUGCUGACGGACCCGUCUAUGAACCACAAGGCCUACAGAGACGCCUUCAAGAAGAUGAAGUCCCCUAAAAUCCCAUUCAUGCCCCUGCUGCUUAAAGACAUCACCUUCAUUCAUGAAGGAAACAAGACAUUUCAUGACAACCUGGUCAAUUUCGAGAAACUGCACAUGAUUGCAGACACUGUGCGUCUCAUCCGCCAUUGUCAAACAGACCAGACAGGAAAUGAGGGUACCCAGAGCUGCGGUCCAGAGGUGAAAGCCAGUAUCCACUACCUGCACAUCAUAGACAAUCAACAGACUCUGUUCGAGCUCUCGCACAGACUGGAGCCCAGAGCAUAGAAACGACACCCCCUGCUGGACAUGGUGUGUAAAUACAGCCAGCUGCACCAAGCUCACGGCUCUUGACGUUUGUGUACAAAUAGCACCCUCUUGUGUUUGAAAUGACAAGCAAAGACCCUUCUGCCAUACAGCAAACAUGAACAGCCGGUCAGUGAUGACAGCCUCAAAACAGGACAUAUGCAGGCUCACUCUGUGUGACUGACAGAAGUUAACUCACGACUGAAGUUACUGGCACUCAUGUGCCAGCGACCAGUUUUUCUUUUGCCAAUUUGAGGAGACACUCAGCAACUCUUCUCAGCUCUCAACAUGAGACAUACUCCCCUGGACCUCAGCAAGGAAAGAGACUUUGAGAAAAAUGUCAUGAAGAAGCCAAUAUUUAUAAGAUGUUUAUAAGGUGCUAUGGCACCAGUUUAGACACCGAGGACCUCACUAAUGGACCUAUUGGCAGGCAGACAGUUGACCUGUGGCUUGCCUGAUUGAAAAAAAAAAGAUAAAUAAAAACAAUGCUUGUCCCCUAUCAUGCCACAAAUCUACACAGGCUACACAGACAAAAUGCCUCCCCACCUCCAGUGUUGUAACUUUCCUUUGUGAUGUAGGACUCAUCCUUAUCUAACAUUGUUUUUAUCCUUUCAUUGACCUUGGUUUGAGGAUUUCACUGGUUGGAUUGGAAGCACUGAUACAUUGGUUCAGUUAAAUGGGAUCAUGUGAUGUUCAGUUAAACGUGACAUUCCUUAUAGAACUACAGAGAUAUCAAUACAACAGCAGGCAGAGGUUGUAAUAUAGAACAUUAUUUAAUUCCUUUGUCACUACUUUCUGUCGUUGUCUUUAUUUUUGGUGGUCCACAAGUUACAUUUUGAUGUUACAUUAUGGUGUCCACCAGCUGUCAGACUGUGCAUGUGAAGCGAAGGGGAUCAUAUUGCAUCUGCCAAUUUUCAAUUUUCACUUUUGUAUAAAGACAUAUGUAUAUUUGUACACAUAUUAGUUGUUACGGAAAACCAUUGGCAGUGUUACUACACAGAUGGGUCAACCAUAUUCUUUGCCAGGAUUGUGUGUUCGGAGAAGGGAGGGUGUGUGUGUGUGUGUGUAUGGGGGGAGGGUUGAUUUGGAUAGCACGUCUACUGUUGGUGUGUAUUUGGCUGUGGUGAGGCGCACUACUCUGCCACAUGGUUUGUUUUGGUAACGCCAUCGGGAGCUCCAACAGCUUUCGUUGCGGUGAUCGAUGAUGUCACGUGCUAAGAAAAUGUCCUACACUCACAUUGCUAUUUGCACUUGUGUUUAUUUUACUUGUUUUGUUUUGUUUUGUUUUUAACAGUCUGCUUUUGUAAAAUAAUGUGCAAGAAUGUAUAUAGAUUUAUAAUCGUUCUGUGGUGAAACAUUGAAAUUGUGUUUCUUUUGUUUGUGCCAAUACAUUUAAGUGGGAGAACGAUGCAAUAUAAAUCAUGUAAACAGUUGUAAUGCCUUAUCCAUGCUUUUUACACCCUUAUGAUGGAUGCCAUUCAUUCACGUAUAUUUUCACAUCUGAUCCCAGAGCAUUGACCUGUGCCACUUUUGGGAGACUCGACCUUAAUGCUGACCUUAAUUUGUUUAAUUAAAACGAUAAUCUCACUCUUGUUGGAUAAGCAAGGAAAUAAAUAAUAAUUAACAAUCUGACAUAAAAUUGUCAAUACUCAGGAAAACACAUAACAGUGAUCUUUUGAAUAAGGACAUUUUUGUGACUUACUAUAAGCCAUGGUUAGUUGUAAUAUAUAUUUUGCAAAAAUUUAAAGAGACAAACAAAUUCAAAAAAUGAAAAUGUCAACCGAGCUUUGGCAACAUCAGUGAGUCCUUGGGAUUUUGUGCUUCUACUUUCUAAUCCUCUGCAUCCUGUAAUUUGUGAGGUUUCUUGUGGGUGUUUUAAUGACCCUUUGUGGACUUUGUGUACAUCUGCAAAUGUGUUGUAUCACUAAGUGAACAGGAUAAAGAAUCCUUAUUUAUAUAUCUAUUUUGUUUGUUUGUUUUAAUUUAUGUGUCAAUGCGAAGACUGGUGGAAUCGCAAACGUGUCUUCUGUUUCUGUUAUUUUGUGAAGAAACAGUUUUGUGUUGGUAUCAUGAUGGCAACAGACUGAUCUGAUCAGAUUGGAUCUGGGUGGUAUCCCAAGUACAUGGUUUUGUGACAAACCUGGCAAAGUUACCUCAAAAAGUUAAUUGGUAACCCUCCUCUAUGGCUUCAUUCUCUUAGGAAAAAAAAAGGUGUAUCGCUUCUUUUAGGAGGUUUAUCACUUAAUCUGGUUCAUUUACCAGGUUUGUCACAUAUUUGGAGUAGCCCCGGGCCCUGAUCUAGAGAUUCUGGAGAACCCGGAACGGUAAUCUCACUCUUGUUGGAUAAGCAUGAACGGAUCUGGGAGUAGCCCUGUUCUUGUUCCAAUCCAGUCCAGGUCCGCUGCUACUGACGUCCUCUAUGCUGUGGAUGUUGCUGUGCCUUCUCCUCUUUAUGUAGAGAGAGCGGGCACUGAAGAUGACGAUGAUGGUCUUGAAACGAUUGUGACAUGCCGUGUGAUGCCAUAACAGAAUGUUAUACUAAUGUUCAAUACUGUUCUGUUCAAAAAAAAAAAAAAUGUUGCUAAGGCAGUUUGCAUGGGGUCUAACGUCAGUGCCCACUGAAACACAGUAAGAAUGGAAACAAAAAAAUACUUUGUCAGCUGAAAGUGUAAAUAUAAAUAUGUUUAAAAUAUUAUUUAUGUUUUAAAAAAGAAAAUGUUGCAAAGCAAUACAGCCAUGGUGUAUUCACUUUCCCAGUUCUUGUUAUAAUAACACACACCUGUUUUCUAAAGUAUGCAUUUUUACUAUACAGUUCCAAUGUAAAUGAGCAAAUAAACCAUUUAUGUAAUGUUA